AUGGGCUAUCUCGAGGAUUUCGACGACCGACAAAUUGAACUCGACGCUGAAAAGGAGGAAUACCAUCCGUAUGAGUAUCAGGACAAGAACAAUGACUCAUGGGCUGGCGCCCUGCCGGUGAAGCAGGGUCUGUAUGACCCAUCCUAUGAAAAGGAUGCUUGCGGUGUAGGCUUUGCUUGCCACAUUAAGGGCAAGGCAAGCCACAAGAUUGUUAGCGAUGCACGAAACCUACUGUGCAACAUGACCCAUCGUGGUGCUGUGGGAUCCGACGCCCGAGAUGGCGACGGUGCUGGUGUGAUGACAUCCAUCCCACACAGGUUCUUCAUCAAGAACUUCGAGAGAGAGGAGAACAUUAAACUGCCUCCUCUGGGUCAAUAUGCUGUAGGAAACCUGUUCUUUAAGCCCGACGAAGAGACCUUUGAAGAGUCCAAGAGGCAGCUGGAAGAUGUUGCCGAAUCGUUGGGUCUGCGGGUUUUGGGAUGGCGACGGCCUCCCGUCGACUCCAGCUUGCUCGGUCCUGCGGCCAAGUCCCGCGAGCCCAUCAUUGCUCAGCCUUUUGUUGUCCUUGCCUCUGCAUACGGCACCGGCAAUGCCCCAGAGACCACCGACCCAGCCCAGUUCGAUGAACGGUACUUUGAGCGACAACUGUACGUGUUACGGAAACGCGCCACUCACACCAUUGGCCUGCACAACUGGUUCUAUCUUUGCUCCUUGUCGAACAAGAACAUUGUUUACAAGGGACAGCUUGCCCCCGUCCAAGUGUACUCAUACUACCAUGAUUUGGUCAACGCCGAUUACGAGGCUCACUUUGCUCUUGUCCACUCGCGUUUCUCUACAAACACCUUCCCCUCAUGGGAUCGUGCUCAGCCGCUGCGAUGGGCUGCCCACAACGGUGAAAUCAACACCCUGCGAGGCAACAAGAACUGGAUGCGCGCUCGUGAAGGCGUGAUGCAGUCCGACAUCUUCAAAGAGGAGCUGGAAAUGAUGUACCCCAUUGUCGAGGACGGUGGAUCCGAUUCCGCUGCCUUUGAUAACGUUCUGGAGCUGCUCACCAUCAAUGGUGUGCUCUCCUUGCCCGAGGCUGUCAUGCUGAUGGUGCCUGAAGCCUGGCAGGGCAACGACUCUAUGGACCCCAAGAAGGCUGCCUUUUACGAAUGGGCUGCCUGCCAGAUGGAGCCCUGGGACGGUCCCGCUCUCUUCACAUUCGCCGACGGCCGCUACUGCGGUGCCAACCUGGAUCGUAAUGGUCUGCGUCCCUGCCGAUUCUAUGUCAUGGACGAUGAUCGCAUCAUCUGUGCUUCCGAGGUCGGUACCAUUCCAGUAGAGCCCGAGUCUGUGAUCCAGAAGGGCAGACUGCAGCCUGGUAGGAUGUUGCUGGUUGAUACACAGGCUGGACGUAUCAUCGACGAUGCAGAGCUCAAGGCUGCCGUCGCAAACAGACACGACUUCCGCUCUUGGCUUGAUAGCGAAUUGAUCACCCUGCCCAAGACUUUGGAGACCUUGGAGGCCAAAUUUGACCUGGCUGCCAAGCCUGAUGCAGCUCGCUUCCAGGAGGACCCACUGAUGCUUGCUUUUGGCUACACUCACGAGCAGGUCAGCUUGCUGCUUGCUCCCAUGGCUGCUGACGAAAAGGAAGCUUUGGGUUCCAUGGGCAAUGACGCUCCCCUGGCUUGCUUGACUGAUUCGCCGCGCCUUCUCUACGAGUACUUCCGACAGCUCUUUGCCCAGGUCACCAACCCGCCCAUUGACCCCAUUCGAGAAUCCAUUGUCAUGUCACUGGAGUGCUACGUUGGACCUCAGGGCAACCUGCUGGAGAUGGAUGCCUCUCAGUGUGGCCGCUUGCUUCUUCCCAGUCCCAUCUUGUCCAUCCCCGAAUUUAAUGCCAUCAAGAACAUGUCCUCCAUCCACCCUGAGUGGACUGUCAAGACAAUUGACCUGACCUACCCCAAGUCUGAGGGUGUUGAGGGCUACUUGAAGCAUCUGGAUGAGAUCUGUAAAGAGGCUACUGCGGCCAUUGAAGCGCGUGACCGAAUCAUUGUCUUGUCUGACCGAGGCCUGUCUGCCGAUCGUGUUGCCGUGUCUGCUCUCUUGGCGUCUGGCAUGGUCCACCACCACCUCGUCAGCAACAAGUGGCGAUCAAUGGCGGCUAUAGUGGUCGAGACUGCUGAGGCUCGUGAAGUCCACCACAUGUGCGUGCUGCUCGGCUAUGGUGCCGAUGCCAUCAACCCUUACCUUGCCAUGGAGUGCAUCCUCAAGCUCAGCAGAGAAGGUCUUCUUAAGAAGAAGCUAACUGAAGAUGAGCUCAUCCGCAACUACAAGCACUCUUGCGACGGUGGUAUCCUGAAAGUUAUGAGCAAGAUGGGUAUCUCUACCCUGGCCUCUUACAAGGGCGCUCAGAUUUUCGAAGCUCUUGGCCUCGAUGAGUCAGUUGUUGAGAGGUGCUUUAGGGGUACGGCUUCGCGCAUCCAGGGUCUUACCUUUGAACUUAUCGCUGAAGACGCCUUCCGGUUCCAUGAACUUGGUUUCCCCUCCCGCUACACUGUCGGCAUCAAGGCUCUCCCGGAGUCUGGUGAAUACCACUGGCGCGAUGGUGGCGAGGCGCACGUCAACGACCCAACUGCCAUCGCCAACCUUCAAGAUGCAGUCCGUUCCAAGAAUGACAAGUCAUAUGAGGCCUACUCGCGAAGCGAGUAUGAGCAAAUCAAGUCUUGCACUCUGCGUGGUCUGCUGGAUUUCAAGUUUGACGACUGCAAUCCCGUCCCUAUUGACCAGGUUGAGCCAUGGACUGACAUCGUCCGCCGCUUCUGCACUGGUGCCAUGUCCUACGGUUCUAUUUCCAUGGAGUCUCACUCUACGCUUGCCGUUGCCAUGAACCGAUUGGGCGGCAAGUCCAACACUGGUGAGGGUGGUGAGGAUCCGGAGCGAUCCCAGCGUCUCCCCAACGGCGACACCAUGCGUUCUGCUAUCAAACAAGUUGCCUCUGGUCGAUUCGGUGUCACCUCUGCGUAUCUCGCCGACUCCGACGAGCUUCAGAUUAAGAUGGCCCAGGGUGCCAAGCCCGGUGAGGGUGGUGAGCUUCCUGGUCACAAAGUCUCCAGGUCCAUCGCCCGCACUCGUCACUCUACACCUGGUGUCGGACUUAUCUCGCCUCCUCCCCACCACGAUAUUUACUCCAUCGAGGAUCUUAAGCAGCUGAUUUAUGAUCUGAAGUGCUCGAGCCCCCGUUCUCGCGUGUCAGUCAAGCUGGUGUCGGAGGUUGGCGUGGGUAUUGUCGCUUCUGGUGUGGCCAAGGCCAAGGCCGAUCACAUCUUGAUCUCUGGUCAUGAUGGUGGUACCGGUGCUUCUCGAUGGACCGGUAUCAAAUAUGCCGGUCUCCCCUGGGAGCUGGGUCUUGCUGAAACUCACCAGACGCUGGUUCUUAACGAUCUCCGUGGUCGUGUUGUGGUACAGACUGAUGGUCAGCUCCGAACUGGUCGCGAUGUCGCCAUUGCUUGUCUGCUCGGUGCUGAAGAAUGGGGGUUUGCCACCGCUCCUCUGGUUGCCAUGGGCUGCAUUAUGAUGCGCAAAUGCCAUCUUAACACCUGUCCUGUCGGUAUCGCUACCCAGGACCCCGAACUUCGCCAGAAGUUUAAUGGUACUCCUGAGCACGUUAUCAACUUCUUCUACUAUGUAGCCAACGAGCUCCGAGCCAUCAUGGCCAAGCUGGGUUUCCGAACCAUUAAUGAGAUGGUUGGACGCGUUGAAGUCCUCAAGAUGCGAGACGAUCUGCGCACCAAGAAGACCGCCAACAUUGACCUGUCUCUGUUGCUGACUCCUGCCCACAGGCUCCGCCCUGGCGUCGCCACCUUCAACGUCCGCAAGCAGGACCACAAGCUUUACGUCCGAUUGGAUAACAAGCUCAUCUCUGAAGCCGAGUUGACUCUCGACAAGGGACUUCCGUCCCGAAUUGAGUGUGACAUUGUCAACACCGACCGUGCUAUGGGCACUUCACUGUCUUACCAAAUCUCGAAGAGAUAUGGUGGAGAGGGUCUGCCUCUUGAUACGGUUCAUGUCAACAUCAAGGGAUCUGCCGGUCAAUCUUUUGGUGCUUUCCUCGCACCAGGUGUCACUCUCGAAUUAGAGGGUGAUUCUAACGAUUAUGUCGGCAAGGGCCUGUCUGGUGGUCGCCUGAUCGUCUAUCCCCCUCGUUCCGCUGUCUUCAAGGCCGAGGAGAAUAUUCUGAUCGGUAACGUCUGUCUGUACGGUGCCACUGCCGGAACAUGCUUCUUCCGUGGUGUUGCUGCUGAGCGAUUCGCCGUUCGUAACUCCGGUGCUACCGCUGUUGUUGAGGGUGUUGGUGACCACGGAUGCGAGUACAUGACUGGUGGACGGGUUGUCAUUCUUGGCAGCACUGGCCGUAACUUCGCCGCAGGUAUGUCUGGCGGUAUUGCGUACGUUUUGGAUAUCCACAAGGACUUCCAUACCAAGCUCAAUACCGAAAUGGUUGAGUAUGGCCCUCUCGAAGAUCCUACUGAGAUUGCCUACGUCCGCGGCCUAAUCGAGGACCACCAUCACUACACUGGAUCCGAGCGAGCGGCCCGUAUCUUGGUCGACUUCAACCGUGCUCUGCCUCGGUUCGUGAAGGUUCUCCCCACGGAUUACAAGCGUGUCUUGGAAGAGGAGGCCACCAAGGCUGCCGAAGCCAAGCGUGCCGAGUACAACCUCCCCGCCGUUUCUGGUGUGCAUGGCAAGAAGGACGACAAAGCCGCCAAGCUCCAGGAUAUGGAAGAGGCCAUUGGAGACAGCUCAGCUGAGAAGAAGAAGCGGGCUCUGGUGCUUGAUAAGACCAAGGGUUUCAUGAAGUACGCUCGCCGCACGGAGAAGUACCGCUCCGUUGCUACUCGAACCAAGGAUUGGGCUGAGAUCAGCUCACGUCUUGACGAAGAUGAGCUCAAGUACCAGUCUGCCCGUUGCAUGGACUGCGGUGUUCCCUUCUGCCAGUCUGAUACCGGCUGUCCCAUCUCCAACAUCAUCCCCAAGUGGAAUGAGCUUGUUUUCCAGAACCAGUGGAAGGAUGCUCUCAACCGUCUCCUCAUGACCAACAACUUCCCCGAGUUCACCGGUCGUGUCUGCCCUGCCCCUUGUGAGGGCGCUUGUGUGUUGGGUAUCAACAGUGACCCUGUUGGUAUCAAGUCAAUUGAGUGCGCCAUCAUCGACCGCGGUUUUGAGAUGGGCUGGAUGGUGCCCCGGCCCCCUGAGGUCCGAACUGGCAAGAAGAUUGCUAUUAUCGGAUCCGGUCCCGCCGGUCUGGCUGCCGCAGACCAGCUCAACCGAGCUGGCCACACCGUGACAGUGUAUGAGCGUGCCGAUCGUCUGGGCGGUCUCUUGAUGUACGGAAUUCCCAACAUGAAGUUGGACAAGCGAAUCGUCAAGCGUCGAACUGAUUUCAUGGCCUCUGAGGGCAUCAACUUCAAGACGGGCGUAGCCAUUGGUGCUGAGGGCCAGCCUUCACUCACCGAACUUCGGGCUAGCAAUGACGCUGUUGUCAUUGCCACCGGUGCUACCGUCGCUCGCGACCUUCCUAUCAAGGGACGCAACUUGGAGGGCAUUCACUAUGCCAUGGAGUUCCUACACAAGAACACCAAGUCUCUUCUCGACUCCCAGCUCGCCGACAACUCCUACAUUUCCGCCAAGGGCAAACAUGUUGUUGUCAUUGGUGGUGGUGAUACCGGUAACGACUGCAUUGGUACCUCGGUUCGUCACGGUGCCAAGUCUGUCACCAACUUUGAGCUGCUGCCCCAGCCUCCGGAUGAGCGAGCCAACGACAACCCUUGGCCUCAGUGGCCCCGAAUUUACCGUGUCGACUAUGGCCACACGGAAGUCCGCCAGCAUGACGGCAAGGACCCUCGUGAGUACUGCAUUAUGUCCGAGGAAUUCCUUGACGACGGUAGCGGCAAGGUCAAGGGCAUCAGCACUGUCCGUGUCGAGUGGACUAAGAACCCCAGUGGCGGUUGGGACAUGAAGAAGAUUGAGGGCUCUGAGCAAUUCUUCCCUGCUGACCUUGUCCUACUGGCCAUGGGUUUCCUCGGACCCGAGGCUCGCGUUUUGGGAGACGAGAUUGAGAAGGACGCUCGCAAGAACGUCAAGACCGCUCCUGGAAAGUACAGCACCAACGUGGAUGGCGUGUUUGCUGCGGGUGAUGCGCGCCGCGGUCAGUCGCUCAUUGUUUGGGGCAUCAACGAGGGCCGCAUGGCUGCUCGUGAGGUGGAUUUGUAUCUCGAGGCUUGCACCAACUUGCCUGUGACUGGUGGUAUUGUUAAGAGAACUGCCCAGGAAAUUUUCGCCAAGAUGGCGGCGCAUUAGAGGAUGGGGGAUAGGUAGAUUGGGUGGGAGGCAAAGCCAUGAGUUUACGAAGCAUACUUUCAUGAUAAAAACUGUUACUAUCUAGGCUUUUGCUUGGCUUUUCCUUUUUUUUUUUUUUUUUUGCUAAAUUGUUGAGCAAUGAUACCAUGGCAUUAGUUUUUAUAUACAAAUUUUUUGAAUA